AUGAUAACAUACAUUGUAUUUAUUUUAAGUACUAUUUUUGUGAUAAGUUUUGUAGGGUUUUCUUCGAAACCCUCUCCAAUUUAUGGUGGGUUGGGGUUAAUUGUUAGUGGUGGGGUUGGGUGUGGUAUUGUAUUAAGUUAUGGUGGUUCGUUCUUGGGUUUAAUGGUGUUCUUGAUUUAUUUGGGUGGGAUGUUAGUUGUGUUUGGUUAUACGGCUGCUAUGGCUAUUGAGGAGUACCCUGAGGUUUGGGUGUCUAAUAAGAUUGUAUUAAGUCUUUUUGUAUUGGGAAUGUUGACGGAACUGUUGUUUGUUGGAUAUUGUAUCACUGAUGAAAAGUUAGAGAUUGUUUUAAAUUUUAACGGACAGGGGGAUUGAGUAAUUUAUGAUACUGGUGAUUCUGGGUUUUUUAGUGAGGAGGCUAUGGGUAUUGCGGCAUUGUACAGUUACGGUACUUGGUUGGUUAUUGUUACUGGAUGAUCUUUAGUUAUUGGGGUGUUGGUUGUUAUGGAAAUUACUCGUGGAAACUAA